AUUGAAGCUCGUGUUUAAUCGCCAGUGCAACACACGUAGUACACGAGUUUGCCUAAGUCUGACCAUCCUAAGGGUUUCGACCGCUACUCACCUUUGAAACUGAUAUUCUGUUUCUCAAAUUAACUACGUACAUUGUUGCGCUUCGACUGUUACGUCGAAGGUGAAUUGAUUUACAGAUACUCGUAACUUUCUCAUCGGCAUCCAUCCUGGAUCCUCGUGUCCGAUUCCAACACGAAGCCGCGUACAAAUCAAUCGGUGCAGCAAGUCCUCGAUCGACUCGUCAUCUUACUGUGGGCUUCCUGCGCGUGCAACGCCAGUAAACAGGCCCCACAGUGCGUGUACUUCAUGCGCGGUUUGUCUUAAGUACUUGACGCCCCAGAGACGCUUCUCAUAUGCCUUCUGGUUCAGUGCUAUCCGACGUCCUUCACAGUCUCGGAUCCCUUCGUCGCCGUACCAGCCUUCGUGAAAGUAUUCGCAGCAUCGCCAGCACCCACAGCUCAUUGAAAGGGAAGGGAAAACACAGUCGAAGCUCCUCGUAUCGUUCGUACUCCGUCUACCAGCAGAUAAUGGCUCCCAUCAUCCUCCGAGACCCAGAAGUAACGAAAAAGCUUCUUGAGGCUAUCCUCGACACACCAGGCGGAAGGCGCUCUGUGUCGAGAUUGGCGAGAACAUGCAAGGCGAUGUGCGAGCCGGCGUUGAAUGUACUAUGGAGAGAACUGGACUCCUUGAUACCCAUUAUUGGGCUAUUCCCGUCGUCUCUCCUGAAGAAGACCAGAAGACCAGGGCUAGGAUUGACUAAGAAUCCAACGGAAGAAGACUGGUCGAAAAUCCUACAGUACGGCGAGCGAGUCCGUCGCAUUGCAUACAAUGAAGCGAUAAACAACGUUGCCGCCUCCAUUUUCCCUAUUUUCGAACAAUAUCGUCCGCGAACGUUUAUCCUGCCCAACCUUCAGCAGCUCGUAUGGAAGAUCGAGAGCCCAGCUGGGCUGGAACGCUGCUCUCUCUUCCUCAACCCGGAGCUCGAAAGUCUCUCUCUCGAAAUUGGAACGCGGCUCCCUGAGUUGAACCACUUCCUUACCGACAUGUCGAGUCGCAUCACAUUGAAGGAAUUUUCAUUCAUCUCCCCAACACCCCUACCCGACGCAUUUACAGAGCUUUUGCUGCCACAAAAGAGUCUCUGCAAAGUAGUUCUUGUGGCUCCCGGUGCGCUGUCGCCAGGAGUUGGGCGAUGGCUUGCUUCUUUGGAGGACCUUAAAGUCCUACAACUGGAUCUUUCUGGGAGGGGUGUCGUUGCAGUAGAAGGUUUCUUUGAGGAGCUAUCGCCGCGUUCAGGGUAUUCGACGCCAAGCUCUGUCAUGACUACAGACAGCGGUGUGUUUUCGGGAGAAGAGCUCGACUUUUCGGACCACCGUAAAUCUGCGCUCCGGCUGACCGGGGAUUUACGAUCCAAAGGUUCUUUUGCGACGGUUCGACAGUUGCAACUGACUGGAGAGGUUUCAAACAUCGCGGUGUUUUUGAGGCACCUGCGCAGUACCCUCAUUCAGCUUGAUCUCGUCAUCGAGGAUCCUCCAGAUAUCGCCGACUGGCAGGACUUGUCAGCGCUCAUUUCAGAGCGAUUUGGUACGACCUUGCAGUCAUUGCGCAUUUCAGGCAGCGGAUCGUCGCGGUACAGCGAGCUUGUAAGGUCGACUGCAAGGGCAGAGGCUCCCAAACGUCUACCCCUCGGCUACUUCACUUUAUUCCCUUGCCUCCUGCGGCUGGAAAUUGACCUUCCAGAGUCUACUCUAUUCACCAAACAUGACAUCCGGCAUGUGUCAACGGUCUGUCCAAUGGUGGAAGAACUCAAGCUGUGCCCAUUGGCCCGCUUCCCGAUUGCUACUGGCCCACCCAGUAUCACAUUGGAGGAUCUGGCGCCCUUGAUGGCCAAUUGUCCAAGACUCCAUACACUCUCGGUGGUCGUCAACGCCAAACACGGGACGGGUGAAGUCUUGUCUUCACGCGAGGCAUCUUCUGCAUCGCUCCUGCGUCUUCAUGUAGGCCACUCGUGGGUAGGGGACACCCUUCACGUCACCAUCCUGCUUAGCCACCUUGCCCCGCAUCUGGAGACGUUGAAGUGGUUCCACGAGAAAAACCGGCCUGGGUACGUCGAGGCAAAUGCACGAGGUUGGGAAAGAGUCGCGGAAGCUCUCCCCCAUCUUCAAAACGUUCGCUUAUCAGAGCGACUGUUCGCUACCCACGCCAUCGACAGAGUCGAGAGUCAGGUACUCCAACUUGAGUAUGUCGAAAAGGGUGUUAACGCCACGGUUGCGACGACGGAAUGUGAGAUACAGGUGCAGCCAGCCGUUACAGAGACUGCUGUGCAGUUUUCCCCCGUCUUGGUCGACCGCACGGUGGACGCUGAGCCACGGAUGCGCUCAGUUUCCAUCGGCGCCAUUCCAGAGACACUCGACUCUGCGAUCCAGGUGUUGCCCAGGACAGUAGAUCAGUCUGUGGAAGCUACUGUAUCCACCCUAGAGAGUGCAGUGGAUGCCACGGUGCCAACUUUCUCUAAAUCAGUUGAAGCUCUGGUCGAGGAAUCUGCACCAAUUGACAAAACACCCUCUGUUCGUUCCAGUUCCAUACGCUCUGGCCUGGCAAAUAUCCAUCUCUCCGACGUUGUUUCCAUCGCAUGGAAACUGGUCGUAUUCUUCCCUUUAACAGUCCCAUCGAGGAUUAUCCACAUGGCACUUGAGAGAGCUCGUUUGAGGAAGGAGGCCCAGAAAAAAGAGGAGACCGCUCCGUCGCCAUCAACCGAUAUUCCGUUGAACACGAUUCAAGUCCGUUCAUGAUUUCGCUACUACGACCGUCUAUAUGCUCAUAUAUGUUAUUAUGCACGAUUAGGACAUUUAUGAAUAUGAUACUCGCAAUAAAGAGAAUAUUAAAUCCGUAGAGAAACCUGACCCGUUAUCAAAGGACCUUGAAAUGGAGGAAAACAGAAGAGCUGA